AUGGUAACGUAUGCGGUACCAGUGAAAGGCAUAACUGGAUCUAUAUUGACGAGACUGAAUGCUCAUCAAACGCGACAUCUGGAAUAUGCAGCCGUUGAGGCGUUGAAGAUUGCUGCUAGUGAUAAUAUUCUAGAAAUUGGAUACGGCCGAGGCGAUGGUAUUGGCUACGCAUAUGAGAAGAUUAAAAGUAGUGACGGGAUGAUAUUUGGUACAGAUCGAUCACGGUAUAUGGAAGAGGUUGUACGAAACCGAUUUUGUGUCGAAAUCGUCGAAGAGGGAAAGAUACGACUUGAUCGAGCAGUACAUCUCAGUAAUUUGCCAUACCCAUCGGAUUUCUCCUCAGGCAUUUUCCAUGUGGACAACUAUUAUUUUUGGGGUAAUCAAAUGCGUGAUAUUUGUUGGGAUUUAUGUCGUGUUCUGAAGCCAGGCGGUCGCAUUGUAUGA